CACUCCACACAACGAGCUCCAGACCCGCCUGUCAGAGUGAGGGGUGCAUGGGAGCUUCAGACCCUUACCGCGACAGCUCCCUCACACCCGUGACGCCAUUGCGACCUGACCAAUUGUGAUAUUCGGUCAACAGUGUCACUAUACCCCACAAACACGCCGUGUUUUUGCUACACCACGGUCGCGCACGUACACCGCCAGUUGAAACGACCAUCGCUGCCCAACCUCGAUACCCCAUUCAACACCACCGCUUCGCAUCGCCACCAUGUCGUCGCUCACAGCUGCCAUAGACCAGGAGAUGAAGGAGCAUCGCGAUGCUAGGAAGAACAGUGGAGGUGGUCGCGCUGAGAGUCCUCUGCCUGGAGGCCGUCACCAGAGCCCAACUCCCCGCCACCUCAAUAUAGACGACGGCCGUGUGCGCAGUACAAGUCGCGGUAGCACUGGUAUACCGUUCGCCAUGCCAAAAAGCGCGCCUUCCCCGCCUCGUGGCAGCAGGAUGUCAGAUGCCGCCCCGUACCAAUUCAACUCGAUUGCGAGCGUAUCGCAAGGCGGAAAGAAGGACCUAAAGCCUCGAGCCAUGUCCUCUGUGUACGGCACCUCGCCAGGCUUCAUUGGCCCAGGCAACCCUAGGGAUCGACACAAUUCUAUGAGUGGCGCCUACAACAGAUCAAAGUCUGGAUCACCAGCACCUGGUCGUUCUGCAUCUCCACGAACACGCGGACCAGUCAUCUCUACCUCCGAAGCAAUGCGCAAAAUGUCCGAAUCCGCCAUGACCGACUCUGACGGCGAAUUCACAGCGCCACCAAGGCGGAAAGCUUCGGAUCCCUCCAAGGGAACCACAUCCGCGCCAGGCGGCGGCGUUCGACUGACUACCGAUGACGACGGCGACGAAGGUGGUGAAGACAGCGCUGCUGUAGAAAGCAGCGACAACGAUUCUGAAUCGAGUUCAGAUUGGGACGACGGCUGGGCUACAGGCUCGAGCAACAAGACUAGAGGGCGAAGAAGAUCGAGAACAGAAUCUGGUGGUACAGACCGGAUGGGCAGAGAGAUUGUCACAGCGCAGAGUCUGUUCAAGACUGCGAAGGAAGAAGGACGAGACCUUACGGCCUCCUUCAUGACCCGAGAAGAGAGGCAAGAGAAGCUGCGAAAGCUGAACGGACCGAUCAUCAACGUCGAAGGACCUGACGGCGAGAAGGCCAUGGUGCGUCGUAAGUCUACGGACGUACACCCACACACCAGCUUCGACCAGGACCACUCCAGAAUAUCUUCACCCAUCAGCUCUGAUGCCGAAGAUCACAUGGCUGAACUUAGAUCGGCACAGCAGCUGGCGUUGCAGAUCACUCCUAUUCAGUCCAGCCCCGAGGCUCACCGAUGCGUUCGCCAAAUCGUUCGUGGAGACUACAGCCAAUUUGCGCAGGAAGCGGACAAUGGUUUGAGGCGGCAACGUGUAUAUCUGGUUUCGACGGAUCUCAGUGACGAAGCAGCAUACGCUCUCGAAUGGACAAUUGGCACCGUUUUGCGCGAUGGUGACACACUUCUGGCUGUCUAUGCUGUCGACGAAGAAGUUGGUGUCGCGACAGAUGCUCUGGGCGCACCGAUCGCUCAAGGCACAACCGGACUUCAAGAGGGGACUCACCUUAAGAGGACGUUGUCAGGUCAUGAUGGCAUACCUCAGAAGACUGCUUUGUCGAGCACCAUUGCAGCAGCUGAAGCCGAUGUCAGCAAGAUGGGCAAAGCAGAGAAGGAUCGCUAUCAGGCUUGCGUAGAGGUGUCCGACAGAUGCGUCAAACUGCUAAGGAAGACACGCUUGCAAGCCCGAGUUGUAGUCGAAGUGUUCCACUGCAAGAGCCCGAAGCACAUGAUCACGGAAGUUAUUGACAUGCUUGAACCAACUCUAGUCAUCCUGGGAUCUAGAGGCCGCAACGCCCUCAAAGGUGUUUUGCUUGGCUCGUUCAGUAACUAUCUCGUUACCAAAUCUUCGGUGCCGGUCAUGGUUGCGAGGAAACGCCUGCGAAAGCACAGCAAAUACAAGCGACAAAACCUGAGGAUGUCCAACGUGCUUACUGGUCCUGGCGAUAAGCUCGCAAACGCCAAGAUAGACUGAGGCGUUUGAAUGAAGAUUUGUCAGUCUGUUUCGGUACUCACGGGGAGGGAUGCCUUAUUGAGCAGUGUUUUUCAGGCUGUGCGAAACCUGCACAGUUUGGCAAGCACGGCACUAUGUACUUGGCUUAGCAGG